AUGCUCCAAGGCCACAGCUCCAUGUUCCAGCCCUUGCUGGGGACCUUCUUCACCUGGGGGAUGACAGGCGGGGCAGCACUUGUGUUCAUAUUCUCUAGUGGACAGAGGCGGAUCUUAGAUGGAAGCCUUGGCUUUGCUGCAGGGGUUAUGUUGGCAGCUUCCUACUGGUCUCUCCUGGCCCCAGAGGUUGAGAUGGCCGUGUCCGCCGGUGGCUUAGGUGCCUUUGCCUUCUUCCCAGUAACUGUUGGCUUCACCCUCAGAGCUGUUUUUGUCUACUUGGCUGACCUCCUGAUGCCUCACCUGGGUGCGGUACAAGACCCGCCCACCCCCCCUGAAAUGGCCCUGGCACUGAAUUUCGACCCUGCAUUGAUGAAGAAGUCUGAUCCAGAGCGUCCCAUGCUGCUCUUCUCUGAGAGUGAACUUUCCAUCCGGAUAGAUAGAAUGGGGCUUCUUUCAGACAAGAGUGAGAAUGGUGAGGCCUAUCAGAGGAAGAAGGCGUCGGCCACUGGUCUUCCAAAGGGUCCUGCUCCCCCCAUGCCUUCUCGAGGGAACCCGGCACAGCACGGCAGCAGCAGCUGGAGAAGGAUUGUGCUGCUCAUCUUGGCCAUCACUGUACACAGUGUUCCAGAGGGUCUGGCUGUUGGAGUUGGAUUCAGGGCUGUGGAGAAGGCGGUGUCAGCCACCUUUGAGAAUGCCAGGAAUCUGGCCAUCAGAAUUGGGAUCCGGAAUUUCCCUGAGGGCCUGGCUGACAGCCUCCCCUUGUGAGGAGGGGCCGGCUUCUCCACCUGGAGAGCCUUCUGGUAUGGGCAGCUAAGCGGCAUGGUGAAGCCCCGGGCUGGGGUCUUUGGUGCCUUUGCUGUGGUGCUGGCUGAGCUCAUCUUGCCCUGUGCUCUGGCCUUUGCUGCUGGCUUCAUGGUCUACGUGGUCGUGGAUGACAUCAUCCCCAAAGCCCAGAUCAGUGGUAAUGGGAAACUGGCGUCCUGGGCCUCCAUCCUGGGAUUUGCAGUGAUGAUGUCACUGGACAUUGGCCUGGGCUAGGGCUGAGAUGCUGCAGACCCCGGGAAAGGCAGCAUGAGGAAGCAACAGCGGUUGGCUUCUGUGCGACCACAGCCUCAUUCUUCAAAUUACGACAUUCUUUCUUUCUAUCU